AAGAGAAAUGUUCUAUUUCGCAGUUACAUUUCCUUGUUUUUCUCUGAGGUAUCUGGCAACACGGAGCAAACUGCGACAGCACCAAUGGCAGCAAAACAGAAGCGUUAUAAGCGAGGAGGAGGAUAUAGCAACAAGCAUUAAGUAGUUUUUGAUUUCCCUUGCUCACAAAGUGAGGCUCUCCACAAAGAGCCUGUAGUGCUAAUGUUCAGCAUUGAAUAUGAUGCCAUGGUUGCGAUGGAGGUGUGGAAGCAUGGGGUGGAAAUGUGAGGUGUCAAGUCAAAAGUGAUGACAGCAUGGUCCACAGUGGAGAAGCUCAAAAUGGAAAAACGCCCAUGCAGGGAGAACAUUGACUCAAGUGAGGCCCAGCAUGCCACUGACGAGUCUGAUGAUGGGAGCAGCUCUGACAGUGAAUCAGAAGAGCUGCAACACCAGAAGGCGCAGGUGAACAACAGCAGCUGUAAGAACAGGGACCCGUUGGGUGUCACAAAACCUCAUCGACAGCUCUGUCGUUCUCCGUGCCUCGAUCGCCCCAGCUUUUCGCAGAGUAGCACUGUCCAAGAGUUGCGUGAUGAUGAGACCAAUGUUGGACCGAUGCCUGCCAAGCCUGCCAGUGACAGGGAGUACCAAACAAAAAUGGAAUUUGCCUUAAAGUUGGGCUAUUCAGGAGGGCAGGUUGAAACAGUUCUCAACAAGUUGGGAGCUGCUGCUCUUAUUAACGAUGUUCUUGCUGAAUUGGUAAGGCUUGGAAACAAACUAGAGCCUGAAAACCAACCUUGCAGCAGUACAGCAGCAUCAAUAUCUCGGCCCUCCUGUGGUAAAGAUGGUGUUAGUCCUGAGGUGUCUGUGGAAGAUGAACCGGUGGAUACUUACGAUAACCUGAGGCCGAUUGUCAUUGAUGGCUCAAAUGUGGCAAUGAGCCAUGGCAAUAAAGAGGUAUUUUCAUGUCGUGGGAUACAACUGGCUGUUGAAUGGUUCCUGGAGAAAGGACACAAAGACAUCACUGUGUUUGUCCCAGCCUGGAGAAAGGAGCAAUCGAGGCCUGAUGCUCUCAUCACAGAUCAAGAAAUUCUACGCAAGCUAGAAAAGGAGAAGAUACUGGUAUUCACCCCUUCUCGCAGAGUACAAGGCAGGAGAGUGGUGUGCUAUGAUGAUCGCUUCAUAGUGAAGCUGGCUUAUGAUUCUGAUGGAAUUAUCGUGUCAAAUGACAACUACAGGGACUUGCAAAAUGAGAAGCCAGAGUGGAAGAUGUUCAUAGAGGAGCGUCUACUGAUGUAUUCAUUUGUCAAUGACAAAUUCAUGCCACCUGAUGAUCCAUUGGGAAGACAUGGGCCAAGCUUAGAAAAUUUUCUCCGCAGGCGUCCUGUUGUUCCAGAGCACAAAAAACAGCCUUGCCCUUAUGGGAAGAAGUGUACAUAUGGACAUAAGUGCAAGUACUAUCAUCCAGAGCGUGUCAACCAACCUCAGAGGUCAGUUGCAGAUGAGCUACGGGCCUUUGCCAAGUUGUCUGCAGUCAAGACAAUGAGUGAAGGGGCUUUGAUGAAGUGUGGUACAUGUCCAGCAGCUUUAAAAGGGGAUGGCAACUCCGAGGCCAAGCGUGUGGCCCCCAAGCGCCAGUCUGACCCCAGUAUUCGUUCGGUGGUUUGUGAACCUGCAGAAGCAUUGUCUGUUGUUAGGAAGUCUGAGACAAAUUCCGUGCCUUCCCUUGUGACUGCUCUCAGUGUGCCCACCAUGCAGCCUGCCAAGAGUCAUGCAGCUGGGGCCCUGAACACACGAUCAGCCAGCAGCCCAGUGCCAGGUUCCUUGCAGUUUGCACAUAGUUCUCUAGAACACAUGUCUAGUGUACAGUAUCCACCCAUUUUGGUCACUAAUAGUCACGGGGCCUCUGUUACAUACAGUGAACAGUUCCCAAAGUAUGAUUCAGUUAGUGACCAUGGAUAUUAUUCACUGCACAGUGACUUUUCAAAUAUGAGCAUGAGCAGCAUGCAUAAUGUUGACAGUUUCUGUAGCAUGGAGCACGAGCAUGGCGUAUAUCAAAGAAACCCCAGCCAAUGUCCUGAAACCUGCCUCAGCCACUCAAACAGUGACUCAUUCUCCUCAUACGGAGAUCUGUAUCCCAGCUCUGUGGACAGCAGCUUAGAGGAGAGUGUGAAGGGGCAGCAGCAGUCUGCUGCACAGAGCAGGAUGCAGGCAUUUUCACACAGGUUUCAUCACGAGGCAUUAACCAGGGUUCAGAGUUAUGGACCUGAGGAGCCCAAGCAGGGCCCCCGUAAGCAGUCUACAGCUCAUCUAGUGGCGCACAUCCAGCACGCUGCAGUGGGUGCCAGAUCCAGUUGCCCUGGAGACUAUCCCCUAACUCAAAAUGUCCUCCCACCUUUGUCCUCACAGCCCACUCGAUCUCUUGGUAUGACACGCAUGGACAGCAUAUCAGAUUCAAGACUGUAUGAUAGCAAUCCAAUGAGGCAGAGGCGGCCUCCACUGUGCCGAGAGCAGCAUGCGAGCUGGGAUCCUCUGCCUUGUGGUAAUGAGUCCUAUGAAUAUCAUUCAUACCCACUGAGUAACAGCUUGAUGCCGUGUUGCGAGCGGGUGAUGGUCCGCAGCAUGCCUGACAAAAUGGAACAAAUUUGGAAAUCACCAUGGGAGAGCCAAUCUGCAGCUGAACACCAAGAGCGAUACCUCAUCCCCGACCAUCAGUAUCAAACAUAUCGGAACCUGUGCAACAUUUUUCCUGCUUACGUAGUCCACUCUGUAAUGGAGAAGAACCCUCACUUGACAGAUCCGCAGCAACUUGCCGCUGUCAUUGUUACAAAGCUGAGGUCGUACCAUUGAGCAUAUAAUCUCAUUAAACAUUGAAAAUUGUAAUAAGAGAAAAGAGGAUUUUGAUUGCAAAGGCAGGCACUUUAUUGUUGUUGCUGCAUGUGCAACAUCUCCCCUCAGGAGUUAAUUUUCAAACCGUCCAGUGAGAGUAAUCCGACUUCUGGAUUUUACAUCACUAAGAUGUCAAAGACGAAGUCGGUGUAGAAGAAGUUUAUCUUUUAAGUUUAAGUAGAAUUGUAAGAUGUUUGUUAUACUAAGCUGCAUUUUUUAUAUGAAAUGUGGUGUGUUUGAUUUAAGGUAACAAGUUAUUUUAAAUCCAGUUCAUAAUACAUUCAUAACACCUGAGCAUGAGCAGAUUUGUAUCAUUCAUAAUUAAGUGAACUUUUGAUGAAUGUCAUUAUUUUCAGUGCUGUUCAGUUAUCAAUUUUAAAUACAUUUCCAAUAGUUGCAGUUGAUUACAUUGUUUAAAAUUUUGGUCAUCAUAGUGUUAAAGCUAACUGACCUAACGCUAAACAUUUGUACAAUUUAAACCUCACCGAUUAGUUACAUGGCAACGCAGUUAAGACUGCAUAUGGUUUCUUUGCAACAUGUCCUGUAUUCAGAUAUUUAAAAGUGACAAGUAUAUCAGCAUUUAAGCACCUUGUAGCUUUUCUGAAGAUCUUGUUCAGGCAAUAUGAAUGUGUUAUGAAAAACAUCUCGUGUGUUUCUGGUGCAGGUGAACUAUAAAUAACCUUGCACAAGUCUGCCUCUGCUGUAAAUAAUUCUUGUGACAGUUUUGUGAAUUUGGUUGUGAUAAGUCAGAGAGAGGUAAGUACAUACCUCACAGCAUGAACUUUGACAUUUAAUGGCCUUAUAUAUGAAUGACCUCACACAUUAUUGUCCAAUUGAUUUCAAUGAAAAUCUUAGACAUUGAAUCCACCUACUUUCAAAUGUAAAGCACUAUCUCAUUAUCUAAAGACAUAUAUUUUCUCAGCCUCACUUUAAAAAGCUACUAUUUUGGUAGAAUUUAACAGUGCACAAUGCAAGCCAAAAAAAAGAAGGUUUGACUUGUGUAUGUACAUGUGCACAUAUCUAUGUAUAUAUAAUUGCACAAAAAGCCAUUAUUUAAAAGUCAUCUAUAAGCUGCUAAAUAAUGCCAAAAAAAAGAAUUCAUAUAGUGUCAGUAUUCUACGUCACUUAUACAUCACAGGUUCACAGGUUUAUUAAAGCAUAAGUUAAAAUCUGUUUGGAUAAUUUACUAUAGUGUACUGUACAGUUGUAUUUCUGAUUUUAUUAGCAACUAGGUCCAGAAUUUUCCUAUUUAUAUACAGUGCAUCUGGAAAAUAUUCACAGCGCUUCAUUUCCCACAUUUUGUUAUUUUAAAGCCUCAUUCCAAAA